AUGGACCGAGUGACCAGAUACCCCAUCUUCAGCAUCCCUCACUCCACACGCAUCACCAGCCUAGUGCUGGAUGGUGAUGUCAGCUACCCGGUGCAACUGGUGAGCGUGGGGCCCGAGGUGACUGGCUGGGACUAUGAAGAAUCUCCUAUCAGAUCCAAUGACCACAAGGUCCAGCCGGACACAGCAAGGACUGGUAUGUCCCACUGCCUGCACACCUUCUCGCAGCAACUCUACCCAGAGGACUGCAAGGACAUGAAGGCUGACCACACAGGUGAUGCCGGGGACACCUUCUCCAAGCAGCAGUGGGACCAGCAGCGGGAACGCCGGCAAGUCAUCCAGGGCCAGCUGGUCAAGACAAGCGGCACAGUGGCCAUGCUCCAAGGCACCGCUGGCCAGGGGGACGAGGUCCCUGGCCCUGCUCUGACCCAGUCCCUGGAGGAGAAUUCAGUCGACAGGAAGCAGGUUGACUUUUGGGCAGCACGUCAGCAAUUCCUGAAUCUGGAGCAGGCAAACGCAGGGCUCUCUGGGGAGUCCAUGUCCAGGAGGGUUUCUGUGAGUGCCCCACCAGUGGUCAACCAGACCCCCAAGGCUUUCGCUGGGUCCCACCUAGCCAACGGGUAUGGCACCCCCAUCGAGGCCCAGAUGAAGACGGCGGUUGUAGAAUCUAAGAAGGUCCAUGGCUCACCCGUUGAGUUCCCCACCACGGAGCCCCAAUCAGAAUCCCCAGAGCCCACCAAGGAGACCCCCAUCGAGCGGGAGAUCCGGCUGGCCCAGGAGCGCGAGGCCGACCUGCGUGAGCAGAGGGGCCUGCAGCGGGUGGCGGGCCACCAGGAGCUGGUUCAGAUUACCACGAGGCCCCUGCUGACCAAGGUGAGUCUGCCCUCAGCCCCGCGGUGGGAGAGGGGCCGCCCAUCACUCUACGUGCAGCGAGACCUGGAGCAGGAGACGCUACGCGAACAAGACCACAGGCAGCAGUGGGGGCGGGCGCCCACACCCGACUGGGCCUCAAAGAGCCCCCAGCUUGGACUCAGGAGGGUCCUCAGUUGUGACUCCAUCCUCGACGGGGCCCCGGACGCCCGAGCUGCCGAGCCCGUCCCCGAGGUGAGGAGGAUAAACCGCAUCCCGCCCGACGCCUACCAGCCGUACCUGAGCCCGGGAAGCCCCUCGCUGGAGUCCCCGGCUUCCGGCGCCUACGGAAAACCCUGGGGCGCGUCCGCCAAGUCCGGGGGUCCAUCCGCAGACGCGGCCUCCCCCAAGACCACAGGGUCUCAGAGGCGUGUUUGGGAACCGUCUGAAACCUCCUCGGGCACCAGAGAAGUGCCCUUGAAGCCCCCCCGGGGGUCCCCGAGAGCUGACCCGUGUGUUGUAAAACGAGAUCAGUUCCUCUUGCGUCCCUUGCGGUUCGGGGUCCGGGAUGGCCCCCAACAAGCUGAGGCCCCCCAGGGCUGGGGCUGGGCCGGGGAUGGUGGGACCCCGGCGUUGAGGCUGCACAAAUCCCCGUCGUCCGAGCUCUUGGAGAGGGAGAUGGAGAACGUGCUGCGGCGAGAGCGAGAGGUGGCCGAGGAGCGGCGGGUCGCGCUCUUCCCCGAGGUCUUCUCCCCGCCGCCGCCGCCGCUGGACGAGGGCAGCGACCAGGACUCACGAAGCUCCUCCCGGGCGUCUGGGAUCACAGGCAGCUACUCCGUGUCUGAGUCACCCUUGUUCACCCCCAUCCAACUGCACUCGGGACUGGUGUGGAAGGUAGAGUCAGAAUCCCAGUCCCCAGAAAAUUCACCAGAGGAAGCUCCAUGGCCAAGGAGGAAGAAGGAGCUGGGGUAUGCUGGCAUCGACCCCUCAGAUCACAUCAACUCGGAGGUUCUGGAAGCCACACGAGUGACCCGGCAUAAGAACACCAUGGCUGAACGCUGGGAAGCCCGCAUCUAUGCCAGCGAGGAUGAGGACUGA